CCUAGAGUAAACAAAAGGCAGACAGGGCCAAGUGUGUCAACGUGCUCCCCACCUCCUCCUCUUUCUACAAAAACACUUUCGGGAGGAAAAAAGUUUAGUUUUUUUAUUCUUCCAGUAAGCUGUGCUCAGCCGGUCUUUACCCAGAACCAGAGCUUGGCCCAGCAGGAAGAACGGCUCUGAAAUGAAGCGGGCCCUAGGGAGACCCUUGGCUUGUCUCAUGUUUCUGGUGACGCUGCUCGACGCUGAUCGAUUCCUUAGCCAGAACACAGCCUCUCAGUUCCUGAGCAGGCACAGGAGAGCAAACACCAUGUUUGAGGAGAGCAAGAAGGGGAACCUGGAGAGGGAGUGCAUCGAGGAGCUGUGCAACAAGGAGGAGGCCAGGGAGAUCUUUGAGAACCAGCCUGAGACGUGGGAGUUGGUUCCGAAGCCCAGGACCCAGAACCGAAAAGGCACGAUCACCCCUGGACUUACCUUUGACUGCGGAACCACCAGGAGGUCACUCUUAAGGAUGUUUGAAAACCUUUUGAAAUGUGUUUAUUUGGCAGACAUAGACGAGUGUUCGGAUCCUGACUUUCCUGCAGGAUGCAACCAAAAAUGUCUCAACAUCCCUGGAAGUUUUCACUGCAUGUGUGAGGAUGGCUACUUCCUUAAUGACAACAUCCACUGUGUGGAUGUCAAUGAGUGCUUGCUGUUCCCCAGUAUCUGUGAAAAACCAGCUAAAUGUGUCAACGCUCCAGGCAUGUAUGAGUGCCAGUGUCCUCUGGGAUUUAAGUACACCUCCACCUCCAGGACCUGUGAUGAUGUGGAUGAGUGUGAGCUGGGACUGUGUGACGACAUGUGCCAUAACACAAUUGGCAGCUUUACGUGCCACUGUGAUGGCCGUGCGGGGCUUCGUCUGGCAGCGGACGAGCGACGAUGUGAAAGCAUCCCGGUUUGUGUGGAGCUGAACGACUACAAACACCCUGAGAUGCUCUUCCUAGGAGAGCAGUUUGCAGGACUUCCUGUCAUCUACCUGCGCUUCCGCCUGCCAGAGAGCACAAAGUUUGCAGCGGAGUUUGACUUCCGAACGUUUGAUCCAGAGGGAGUUGUUUUAUAUGCAGAGUCAUCCCAGGGCUCGUGGUUCAUGUUGGGACUAAGAGAAGGUCGCAUUGAAGUCCAAUUUAAAAACCAGCACACGUCCAAGGUUACAAGUGGAGGAAAAGCCAUCAAUGAUGGACAGUGGCAUGUGAUAUCAGUAGAUGAGCUGAAAAACAGCAUCAGCGUGAAGAUCAGCAAGGAGGCCGUGAUGAGCAUCAACAGCCCAGAGAGUCUCUUCACUUCCGUUAACGGCAAACUGGAGACAAAAUUCUACAUCGCUGGUCUGCCAAACCGCACAGAAAACAUUAUCAAGCCUAUCAAUCCUCGACUAGAUGGCUGCAUCCGUGGCUGGAACUUAAUGAACCAGGGGGCAUCCGGGGUGAAAGAGGUCAUCCAAGAGAAGAAGAGCAAACACUGCUUUGUGCAUGUGGAACGAGGAUCUUUCUUCUCUGGGGCCGGACUCGCACACUUCAACGUAGACUACCGUGAUUCUGGGAGCUGGAACGUGGAUCUAAAGAUGAACAUCCGUCCAUCCAGCAGCACCGGUGUCCUCUUCGCUCUUGUCUACAACAACACUAUCCCCCUGUCAGUCGCAGUGUUAACAAAAGAAGAAGAAGAUGCGAACUUGCAAGUCUUCCUGGACGGCGUUUCCGUGGCAACGUUGGACUCGCUGAUGCUGUGUUACCCUGACCGGCUCACUGUACACCUGAACGUUACUCCGACAGAACUCCAGAUCUCAGCCAACUCUUCCACUGUUUCCUACAUGACGUCUGAUGCCCUGCAGGAGGCACUAGAGCUCCUCAACAGGACCAUGCAGAAUCCUGUCAACACAUACGUUGGUGGGAUACCAGACGACAUCCCAUUACCUUUGACCCCUGUAUCGGCCUUUUACCACGGCUGCAUGGACAUCACCGUCAACGACCGGCAGCUUGAUUUUGACGAGGCUCUCAGCAAACACAACAGCAUCAAGUCCCAUUCUUGUCCUCCCGUCUCCCAAACUCACCGUGAUGUACUGCACUUUCCUAGAGAGUGACCCCAAUUAACUUAAAGUCCCUUAAAUAAGGCAGCGCCCCACACCGACUAGGGAUAACGUUGUGGUGUGGAUUUAAGUUUUCCCUCCAUAUAGUGUUUUAUUUGCCUUUUGAGUUUUUGUUUAAGCUACAAAAAACCUAAUUGUAAGAUGAAUAAUGUAGUUACUGUGGUUUGUUGCAAUAAGUUAAAUGUUUUCCAGGAAAUACACAAAGAGCUGCGCUCCACAGCACCAAAUGGUGAACAACACGUGGACGCAUUUGUGCAGAGAAUAGACAAAAUGGUGACAGUUAACCAGGCUGUGAUGGUUCUUGUUGUUUCUUUCUCUAAAUGCUUUAGUUUGAGGCAACAUGUAGACACUAUGGCCUAAGGAAAAUUGUAAACAUCUGAGAAAAAAGCUAAAGCUUUGAGCUUGUUUCAAUCAUGAUUGCUGAUUCACCACACCUGCAUCUCACGUUUAGCUGUUCUCAAAGAUUCAAAUGUUCUAAAUCAUUGUGUAUACAAAACCAUCUUUACUUUGCAAUUUAAAUGUAGUUUCGUUUGGUGUUUUAUUCUCUAUUUCUUUUAAUAAACUUUAUAAAACCAUC